GUCCGCAAGAAUGGACAAUCUCCUCGAGCGCAUGAACAUCAUGAGCCUACUUUGCUUGGUGAUGAACAACGCUCGCGAUCCGGAUUUUACGAACAGGUUGGAAGAAGAAAUGAAGGCGAUUCGCGCCGAAUGUGGCUUCCGAAGCCUUGAGGUCAAAGGAGGAACCUUCUUCUGA